GAUGUAAACAGGAAGUGUGGUGCUCGGGGGAGGCGGUGUUGCUGGAGAGACAGAGCUCGGGGAGAGGUGCAUGCUGCUUUACACGGGCUGCCUGUCUAGCACCAGUGUCACCUGAGCGGAGCUGUCCAAGCUGGCCCCCGGCUGACACUUGGAGAGGGUUUCCUGCUGCUGUCACCCUGUGUCUCCCUUCACCCAGCCUUCCUGCUCUGUCUGUCCCUCUCCUCACCGACUGCUCAGCAGACAGCAUGCUGGACUCCUUCACUCAGUCAGUUAUGCUGCUGCUGGUUGCUGCCUUCCUGGUGGCCUUCGUGCUACUUCUCUACAUGGUGUCUCCUCUCAUCAGCCCCAAACCUCUCAAACUGGCCGGGGCACAUGUGGUGGUUACUGGUGGAUCAAGUGGCAUUGGAAAAUGUAUAGCAAUAGAAUGCUUCAAACAAGGUGCUUUUAUAACACUUGUUGCUCGAGAUGAGGCCAAGUUAGUGCAAGCCAAGAAAGAAAUUGAAAAACAUUCAGUCAAUGACAAACAGGUUGUGCUAUGCAUAUCGGUGGAUGUUUCCAAAGAAUAUAGACAAGUAGAAAAUGUCAUAAAACAGGCUCAAGAAAAGCUAGGUCCAGUUGAUAUGUUGGUGAAUUGUGCAGGGACUUCAUUAUCUGGAAAAUUUGAAGAAAUAGAGAUUGAUCGAUUUGCAAGACUUAUGGAAGUGAAUUACUUGGGUAGUGUGUAUCCAAGCAGAGCAGUUAUUUCGACAAUGAAAGAAAGAAGAAUGGGGAGGAUAGUGUUUAUCUCCUCUCAGGCAGGGCAGCUUGGAUUAUUUGGAUAUACUGCUUAUUCUCCAACCAAGUUUGCACUUCGUGGGCUGGCAGAAGCAUUGCAAAUGGAGGUAAAGCCUUAUAAUGUUUAUGUGACAGUUGCUUACCCUCCUGAUACUGACACACCCGGUUUUACUGAGGAAAACAAAUCAAAGCCUUUGGAGACCAAGCUGAUAUCUGAAACCUCAAGCUUGUGCCCAGCAGAUCAAGUUGCAAGAGUGAUUGUAAAGGAUGCUGUGCAAGGUAAUUUCAAUAGUUCAGUUGGGUCGGAUGGCUAUAUGUUGUCAUCUUUGACUUGUGGGAUGUCACCUGUCACAACCAUCACGGAAGGACUUCAACAGGUUGUCACUAUGGGUCUGUUCCGCACAAUUGCUUUGUUUUAUCUGGGAAGUUUUGACAGUAUUGUACGUCGAUGCAUGAUGGAGAGACAAGCCUGUCAGAAAGCUGACAAAACAGACUGACCAUCUUGAAUUUUAUGAACUUGUAUAAACUGCCUGCUGCUAGGUAAACAAAUGCCCUACAAUUCCCCCAAAUCUUGAUUAGUCUACCUAUUCAUUAUGGCACUGCACUUAUGAACAGACAAGAGCAUAUUUUCUAAAAGCUCAGUCAGCUUGGCACUGUGCAAACUGUACGAAAAAGUAUUUGGUUUAAAUUGUGCCCAAGAUGUUGUGCUGAGAGAGUAAGUAUUGGAAAGAGAUCGUGUUGCACACUGCUCCUUAUAAGUUGCAUUCUUGAAUAUCAUUAUAAUUCUUGCAUUACUGAAUUACUGUGUAUAGAAGCUUUGUUCUUGCAUUCUAUCUUAUUUCUUCUUUCCAAACAGUCAGACUAUUUCAUGAAUUUAAUAGGAUGGUAUGUUUUCGUAAUUGACAUCAAAUUUAUAUAAUAUUCGGCAAAACAACUUUUAGCUUAUAAAAUCAGUUUUAGUAUGUAGAUCACGCCCCUGCAGUUUCACUGCUCAAUUCUCUGCCAUUUAGGAGUUAAAUCACUUUUGUUUCUGUUAAUGAAGACUUUAUCCACACUAAGAAAUUCUAAAUAAAACUGAAUGUGCAAUCAAGAAAGUGUAAACCUUAGAUUUCGCUAGACAGGAAUUGUUAAAAACUACUGUGCAUGUCACAUGCUGGGCAGUGUUACAAGGGCUGUAUAAACAAAGUGAUAGAAGUCCCAGAUAGAAGAGAACUGAGCAGUAAGACUGCAGGGGCAUAAUUUAUACAGCCAAACCGCUUUAUUAAGCUAGUUGUUUUGGUAACUAGUGUCCCUUUAAGUGGAACCCUACCAACACACCAUACACAUUUCAGAUAUGUUUUAUUUUCUGGGCCUGAGGUAAUGCUUGAGUGAGGCUCAGUUUUCGCUCGAUGUAUUUACAAAAGCAUUCCACUUUCUCCAUCACCUUUUUAAUGCAUAAUGGCGAUAAUCCAUGAAACCUAUACAAAUUAGAAAGCAGUAGAUAUACACCUUCUGAGAAACCCCACUUGUUGCAAAUCUGCCUUCCUCUUAUUGAGUGUGAGCUCAGAACAUAUCCUAUAAAUACCACGUUUAAAAAAACAAGAGAACUGCAGAUGAAGUAUCAAAAGUCCCAAAUAGCUUCAUCAAGAUACGAAUAAAGUGAUCUGCAAUUCAUCUUAUUCAUAGCUUACUAAAGAACUACUUUUUACAUUUUUAUAUUAAACUAUUAAUAUAUUAAU